UGGUUCGAGCGCAUCAGCAUCAUGGUGAUCCUGCUGAACUGCGUGACUCUGGGCAUGUACCAGCCGUGUGAAAACAUCGACUGCACCUCCGACCGCUGCCAGAUUCUGCAGGCAUUCGAUGCUUUCAUCUAUAUCUUCUUUGCUCUGGAGAUGGUGGUGAAGAUGGUGGCUCUGGGGAUCUUUGGCCGUCGCUGUUACCUUGGCGAUACUUGGAACAGACUGGACUUUUUCAUCGUCAUGGCAGGGAUGGUAGAAUACUCCCUUGAUCUCCAGAACAUCAACCUCUCCGCCAUCAGAACAGUGCGUGUGCUCAGGCCGCUCAAAGCCAUCAACAGAGUGCCAAGUAUGCGGAUCCUGGUGAACCUGCUCUUGGACACUCUGCCCAUGCUGGGGAACGUCCUCCUGCUCUGCUUCUUUGUCUUCUUCAUCUUCGGCAUCAUUGGCGUGCAGCUGUGGGCGGGGCUUCUGCGGAACCGCUGCUAUCUUGAGGAUAACUUCACCCUCCCCUCCGGUAUCUCACCGCCCGUUCCAUACUACCAGCCGGAGGAGGAUGACGAGCGGCCCUUCAUCUGCUCCCUGGCACAGGACAACGGCAUCAUGUCGUGUACGGAUGUGCCGACGCGACGGGAGGGCGGUACGGAGUGCUGUUUGGAUAAGGAGGACGUUUUGCAUCGGCACGCGCUGGGCCUGAGCGCCGAGCCGUUGGUAAACGGCAGUGUUUCAGCUAUGGGUCUCUGUGUGAACUGGAACCAGUACUACACCCGUUGCUUCACGGGCAACAGCAACCCGCACAAAGGAGCCAUCAAUUUCGACAACAUCGGAUAUGCCUGGAUAGUCAUUUUUCAGGUGAUCACUCUAGAGGGCUGGGUGGAGAUAAUGUACUACGUGAUGGACGCACACUCUUUCUACAACUUCAUCUACUUCAUCUUUCUCAUCAUCAUCGGCUCCUUCUUCAUGAUUAACCUGUGCCUGGUGGUCAUCGCCACUCAGUUUUCGGAGACGAAGCAGCGUGAGCACCAGCUGAUGCAGGAGCAACGUGCCCGCUGCCUCUCCUCCAGCACUCUGGCCUCCAUGACUGAGCCCGGGGACUGCUACGAGGAGAUUUUCCAGCUGGUGUGCCACGUCCUGCGCAAGGCCCGUCGACGCUCUGCUGCCCUCUACUACACCCUACGGGGCAAAGCUCCACCCCCAGGGGGAGGGAGGGGAAGGAGCAGGGGGGGUCCAAAUGUGAACGGAGGAGAGAGGCGCCACUGCCAUUCAGCUCAGGGUUCUCAGUGUCCACAUCAAAGCAAGCUGGACCACAGUUCCCAAACCCUGGACAAUGCCAUCGCACUGUCCAUCACCCCAAACCCAGAGGAGUGCCCGCAGUGCGCGGCCAGCCGGGAGGAGGAAGGGGCCCUGGAGGAGACGGACCGGGAGGAGAACCAUUUAGAGGAGAGAAUGGAGGAGGACAUGGAGGAUGAGGACGAAGAGGAAGAGGAGGAGGAGGAAGAUGGGAAGAAAAAGAAGAAGAAGAAGAAAAAGAAAAGGAAAAAGAAGCGCUCGUGUUUUGGGAUGUGUAAGGACGUGUGGGAUGAUAUGCGGGUGAAACUGUGGAGUAUAGUGGAGAGUAAAUACUUCAACCGAGGAAUAAUGAUCGCUAUCCUGAUCAACACCAUCAGCAUGGGCAUCGAGCAUCACAACCAGCCUGAGGAGCUGACCAACGUGCUGGAGAUCUGUAAUAUAGUCUUCACCAGCAUGUUCACCCUGGAGAUGAUCCUCAAACUGACAGCUUUUGGCUUCUUCGAGUACCUGAGGAACCCCUACAACAUCUUCGACGGCAUCAUUGUCAUCAUCAGUGUGUGUGAGAUCAUUGGUCAGUCUGACGGGGGUCUGUCGGUGCUGAGGACAUUCAGGCUGCUGCGGGUGAUAAAGCUGGUGCGCUUCAUGCCGGCUCUACGCAGGCAGCUGGUGGUCCUCAUGAAGACCAUGGAUAACGUGGCUACUUUCUGCAUGCUGCUCAUGCUCUUCAUCUUCAUCUUCAGUAUCCUGGGGAUGCACAUAUUUGGCUGCAAGUUCAGUCUGAAGACCGAGGCUGGAGAUACAGUUCCGGAUCGCAAGAACUUUGAUUCUCUGCUCUGGGCUAUCGUCACUGUGUUUCAGAUCCUGACUCAGGAGGACUGGAACAUGGUGCUGUACAAUGGCAUGGCCUCCACCUCCCCUCUCGCUGCUCUGUAUUUCGUGGCCCUCAUGACCUUUGGGAACUACGUCCUGUUCAACCUGCUGGUGGCCAUUUUGGUGGAGGGAUUUCAAGCCGAGGGAGAUGCUAACCGCUCCUACUCGGAUGACGACAGGUCCUCCUGCAACUUUGAGGAGACGGAGAAAGAGAAGGAUCCUCUCCAGCUGUCAGAUCCCAAAAUCUGCACCCUCACCCCCAACGGACAUCUGGAUCUGGCUAUCGCGCCCAACGCCCUGGGUGUCUACCCUGCCGAAAGGCUAACCUUCGCUCUGGGCUCGCGCAAGAGCAGCGUUAGCUCCUUGGGGAGGGCUAAUCUGGAGCAGAGAGCGCUGUGUCCAGGUCGAGGGUCCCUCUACUACAACUGGGGUCGUCCAGCCCCUCAGGGCCCGUGGAGCCGCAGGUCCAGCUGGAACAGUCUAGCCCGGCCCUCCAGGAGCCUGGCCGUGGGGGGAGGAGGCAGCCUCAGGGUCCGUGGACCGCACUCCCACGAGCAGGAGUCACUGUUAGCUCCUCCUCCUGCUCACCUGCCUCCAGCACUUCUAUCCAGACACUUCGUCCCCAGAAGGGACCGCCGGGCCCUCUCGCUGGAGCUGCCCGAGCUGCUGCCAGUACCAGGGCCCCCCCUGCACCCUCGCCAGCGCAAGAAGAGCUUCUCAGGGGCCCUGGGGAACGCCGGGGAGCAUCAGGACUGCAACGGGAAGACGCCGUCAGUCCAGCAGCACAUCCUGAGCGAAGUCUACCCACAGGUCAACACCCGCAAGGACAGAGAGGACCUGGAGGAUGAAAUCGAUUAUAGUUUGUGCUUUCGGAUCCAGAAGAUGAUGGAGGUGUACCGGCCGGACUGGUGCGAGACGCGGGAGGACUGGUCCGUCUUCCUCUUCUCCCCUCAGAACAAGUUCAGACUGUUGUGUCAGUCUAUCAUCGCUCAUAAGCUGUUUGAUUAUGUAGUGCUUGCCUUCAUCUUCUCAAACUGCAUCACUGUGGCUCUGGAAAGACCCAAAAUCAUCCAGGGCAGCUUGGAGAGGCUUUUCCUCACCAUCUCUAAUUACAUCUUCACUGCCAUCUUUGUGGGUGAGAUGACACUAAAGGUGGUGUCUAUGGGUUUGUACAUUGGAGAGCAGGCGUAUUUGCGGAGCAGCUGGAACGUUCUGGAUGGUUUCCUGGUGUUCGUCUCGCUGAUUGACAUCGUGGUGUCGAUGGCAGGUGGCGCUAAGAUCCUGGGGGUGCUCAGGGUCCUCAGGCUUCUGCGCACAUUGCGCCCCCUCAGGGUUAUCAGUCGGGCUCCGGGGCUGAAGCUGGUGGUGGAGACUCUGAUCACCUCUCUGAAGCCCAUCGGCAACAUCGUGCUGAUCUGCUGUGCUUUCUUCAUCAUCUUCGGCAUCCUCGGAGUUCAGCUUUUCAAAGGCAAGUUCUUCCACUGCCUGGGCCUGGACGUCAAAAACAUCACCAACAAGUCCGACUGCCUGCUCGCCAACUACAAAUGGGUCCAUCACAAGUACAACUUUGACAAUCUGGGCCAGGCUCUGAUGUCUCUCUUUGUACUGGCUUCAAAGGAUGGCUGGGUUAACAUAAUGUACCAUGGCUUAGAUGCAGUUGGAGUGGACCAACAGCCCAUCACCAACAACAACCCCUGGAUGCUGCUGUACUUCAUCUCCUUCCUCCUCAUCGUCAGUUUCUUCGUGCUGAACAUGUUCGUGGGCGUGGUGGUGGAGAACUUCCACAAGUGCCGGCAACACCAGGAGGUGGAGGAGGCCAAGAGGAGAGAGGAGAAGAGACUACGGCGCAUGGAGAAGAAGAGACGGAAAGCCCACAAGCUCCCGUACUACGCUAGCUACAGUCAUGCACGCCUGAUGAUCCACACACUGUGCACCAGCCACUACCUGGACCUCUUCAUCACCUUCAUCAUCUGUGUUAAUGUAGUGACCAUGUCCCUGGAGCACUACAGCCAGCCUCCCUCUCUGGAGAUCGCUCUCAAGUACUGUAAUUAUUUCUUCACCAGCACCUUUGUGCUCGAGGCUGUCUUGAAGCUCAUUGCGUUUGGCUUCCGUCGCUUCUUCAAAGACAGGUGGAAUCAGCUGGACCUAGCCAUAGUGCUGCUGUCAGUAAUGGGCAUCACCCUGGAGGAGAUUGAAAUCAGCGCAGCUUUACCCAUAAACCCCACCAUCAUCCGCAUCAUGAGGGUGCUCCGCAUCGCCCGAGUGCUGAAGCUGUUGAAGAUGGCCACUGGGAUGAGAGCGCUGCUGGACACUGUGGUCCAGGCAUUGCCUCAGGUGGGGAACCUGGGCCUUCUCUUCAUGUUACUGUUUUUCAUCUAUGCUGCACUGGGAGUAGAGCUGUUUGGAGAACUGGUCUGUAACGAGGACUACCCGUGUGAGGGCAUGAGCCGGCAUGCCACCUUUGAGAAUUUCGGCAUGGCCUUCCUCACUCUCUUCCAGGUGUCCACCGGUGACAACUGGAACGGCAUUAUGAAGGACACCCUUCGCGAGUGCCCACCAAUCACAAGCUCCAGCACCGAGGUGAACUGUAACCCCAGCCUGCAGUUCAUCUCUCCGCUCUACUUUGUGAGCUUCGUGCUGACGGCCCAGUUCGUCCUGAUCAACGUGGUGGUGGCCGUGCUGAUGAAGCACCUGGACGACUCCAACAAGGAGGCGCAGGAGGAGGCGGAGAUGGACGCUGAGAUCGAGAUGGAGUUGGCACAGGGCACUCUGUGCUGUAUGGGUGGAAUGAGUGGAGGAGGAGGAGGAGGAGGUGGAGGAGGAGGAGUAGGAGGAGGUGGAGGAGGAGGAGGAAGAGGAGUAGAUAAAGGAGAGAAGCAUGGAGGAGGCCGUGGUUCUGAAGCUCUGCCACACUCUCCAAAUCCACUGCCUGGACAGGAGGCCAACGGCUCCCGCAAACUAUACUCUCCUGCCCAGGAGAAUCUGUGGCUGGACAGCGUCUCUCUGCUCAUCAAGGACUCCUUUGAGGGAGAGAUGCUGCUGAUUGACAACCUGUCGGGCUCAGUCUUCCACCACUACUCCUCCCCUCCAGUGUGCAAAGACUGCAAGAGUCAUCCUCAAGAGAUCCACAUGGCUGAGCUGGAGCAGGCGUCUCUGCGAUCCGAGCAGCUCUCGGACAAAUCCUCGUCUCCGGCGCUGCCUGAUGACCUCAGCCUGGACGAGCAGAGCAUGUUCCAGCUGGUAGUGAGGGAGAGUAAGGAGGACCGGUGCGGUGGAGAGGAUGCGGCAGCAGGAGGUUGCAGAGGGGUGAUGAGAAGGACGUCUCGGGUACACAGCGCCGGGGCUGAAGACGGUCCUCAGAGGCAACUCCACCACCCUCACACGCCUGCCCGGCAUAGUAUAGGUGGUGCUCCAUGUAGCAGCAGUAGCAGAGGAGAUGAAGGAGUUUCUGGAGGUGUGGGUGACUCCUCCGCUCUUUUCCAUCUCCCUGCAGAGUUCUUCCAUCCAGCAGCAGCAGCCCUGCCAGCACCCCCCAAAGGCCAUGCGGGCCAUAAGCCCAGAGGCCUCAGAAUGACCUCUCCAGCAUCCUGGGCCUCCCUGCGCUCACCUGGAGUCUGCAAACUGCUCACCGCACAAUAUGCCUCUCACAGCGACUCAUCCUUGGCUACGGGCAGUUCGGAGGGAAGCCUACAGACAACCAUGGAGGAAGGACUGAGCUUCAGCGUAUCGUCUCCGCUGGACCCCGACUUUCCACUCCCUUUGCUAGAGCCACUGCCUGACAGGGGCGCUGCUGGGCUUUCCACAGAGACCCUGAGACCGGCCGAUUUGGCUGAAUUUAAUCUCUUAUCCACCAGGGGACACCAGCGCAGCCAGAGCAGCAGCAGCCCUGGAGAAAGCCGACAGGGCUCUAGCCAGGCCAGCAACAGCGAACAGUUAUCCGAGACACUGAGCAGCCUGUCAUUAACAUCGCUGCUUUCGCCCAGCUCUCUAGCGCCCCCUCCAGUGAAGAAGUGCAACAGUACGGGGGAUUUGGGGCAGGGUGCCGUUUCGGCCCGGGGCAGGGAGGCAAAGCAACUGUUUGUGAAGGAUCCUCAGGGUCACCUCGCCACCCCGUGGGUGGAGGGGAGGAAAGGGUCUAGGAAAGAGACAUCGGAAGCAUCGGGAUUCGAAGGAGAAAGUAGAGUAACAGUGGCGUAUUCCAGGAAGAACAGAUGAAACGUUCUUUGUUGUUGUUGUUGUUUCACUCUACAGUCCACCACUCUACCUCUCCGUGUAGGUUUGGUUUUUGGGUUUUUUGGUUUGUCUUUUCUUUUUGGCACGGAGACAUUCGACACGUGAGAUUCCGUACUACAAACCGAAAAACAAAACCUGAUCUCGCUCUGUUCUCUCAAUCUCUCUCUCUCCACUUUCCAAUUUGUAUGCGCUUAUGGAAAUGGUUCCCACCUGUAAUCGAGAGGGCUGUGGAAGAGCAAAUAAGACGAACAAGCGAACGUGGAAUGCGACAAAACUCUUUGAAGAGCCACUAGUGGAUCCCGAUGGCUCGCUCAAAUCAGGGAGUCUGAAUGCAAGAGCAAGAGUUGCAGGAGUCGUUGGCGGAUUAAGCAGUUUUUCAUUCACAUUUUUUCGGAAUUUAAAUCAAAUCUAAAAUCAAGAAGAUUCUAGUAUGUAGCUCAUGCUCAAGAACCAACAACGGGACUGCGGUACAGAACUAUUUUUGCUUCUUGUAGAAAGGGCAUGCACAUGCAAUUAGGAUUAAAGCAUCUUGCAGUGGAAGGUUAUAGAAUCCCAGCUAUAUUCAGCAAUGUUGUGCACAUGCAGUAAAUCGUAGAACGUUAUCGUGUGCUUGCAUGCGUCCGUGUGUGUGUAUGUGUGUUACUGUGUCUCUGUGUGCGUGUCCUCUGUGUGUAUGUGCAAUUGAGGAAAAGGAAGUACCCCAAGGUUUUUCAAGGGCCCAGAGUCAAGGGCCGACUGGCUCUUGUCGGGAGAGUACCCGUCACGGCCAGGCACUACUGAGUGGAGCAGGAUCGGAGUGAUGGGAGGCUCUGGACGAGUCUGACCUGAAAGGAUCAAACAAAUUACGAACUCCAGGUGCAAAGUGAAAAAAGCAAAAAAAAAAAAAAAAAAAGAUACAAAGAUACCCACAAUCUUCUGCAUGAAGGCAUCUUUCUGCAGACAAGCCGAAGUUUUAAACACACCGAACCAUGUGAAGAUGUCAAUGCUGGAUGAUAGCAGUCAGAUUUUUUCUUAGAUAUUUUUAUAAACUGGAUUUGGCGGUAAAGCAAACGGGGGAAUUGGAUAUGUUGUGUUUGCCUUGUCUUUACCCCAUCCCUGAUGUUUCUCCAUCUUAUGUGAAGCUGUUUCCUGCAAGUGACUUCCAGUUUUAUAACUUUGACUAACUUCGGGGGGAGGUUUUAUACACGGGAAGAAAACAACCAUGCAAAAAAAGUGUAUUAUAAAAUGUAGAUUGGAGUAUGUUUGUGUAUUUUGGAGGGAAAAUCUGCCAGAUGCAAAGUAGGACGUGGAAGUUGACGUGGAGCUGGCGCACCACUGAAAGAGGACAUUCUGAAGGAUGAGGUGGAAAUGGAAAGGUACUGUUUGAGAGAAAACUACAUUCUGAAAGCUUUAAUUUGAGUGUCACAUGGCAUUACUAGGUUUAUCAGAUUACACAUUAUCGUUCUCCGGCAUGGUUACUGUACUGGACUCUGUAGAACAUUUCUAGCAGUUUGCACUCGGAUUCGCUCUACAUACCAUCACUAGUUCUUUUGGAUUGACCAGCCACUUGAUUUAUGUACAUUUUAUGUAUCUUUUAAACCUGUAAGUUUGACACUCAAAGCAUUCAAUGAGAAAACAGUGUUUUAGUGUAGUCUACUGUAGCAUUUAGCAUCCCUGAUGUGUUUCCUUGCUAGAAAUCUAGGGAUUUGAAAUUUGGCUUGACCUGUUGAACUUCAUUUGAUCGGUAGUGGUUGUCUGUCCAUAAGAUAUCAUUGACUGACCAGUGUAUAGUAUAUCGACGAUGUUGUGGUAUUUAACCAAAACUGCAUUAGCUCUACUCACAGUGCUUGCGUUAUGCUGGCGAACAUUGAAGUGCUAGGGUUUAUUUAAAAAUAUAAAAGACACAAAUUUGAAGGGCUUUAUCACUUUCCAUGAUCUUUCCAAAUGAUCUUGGAUAUUUUAAGGAUAUUUUAUUCCGCUUAUCAGCAAACAAAACAUUGAAGGUUAUACAGACUGAUGCAGCAAUAAGGUAUGGCUUCGGAUGCCCUUGAUAUGCCUAAAUAAUAUUUCUGUAUUUUACAAUAGUAGAAUAUAUGGCUUAACCUAACAAAUCAUUUUCCUUAUGGACUGCCACCGGUUCCGAUGAAAUAAAUGAGGUCAUUUAGAACUCAGGGCCUUGGAACAUACCACUAACAAAUGCUCUGGUUUUUCAGAGCUUGAGCAUUAUGGGAAAUUAUGGGGACAUUUGUGAGUGCUUGAGUUGAGACACCUCCUUUAAUGCCCUGAUCUCAUAAGCUUACAUCAGUGUAUCAUGAAUAUGGCACAACACUGGCACCAACUGACCACUACACAGAGAUUGGCCCAAUCUUGCGACAUAAAACAAGUAGUUUUGCCUCAUCCACAAUCCUCCAUCCUUACAGUUUGUUAGCAUACUACUGUAGAGCUGUGCUAGUGCUAAUGCUAAUUCCCACUUUAGCCAUUGCACAAUAGCCAUUGCUUUAUUCUUAGCCGUAGCCAAACCUGUCUCUGUCAGUCUAAAUCAGUCUUAAAUCUGAACAAAACAGUAAGAUGCUAUGGACGAUGCUGGGUGUCAUGUCAUGUUUAUGAAAGGCUUAUGUAAGGUUAAGGGUUAAGCGGCUAAUGGCGUAGAGUGUUAGAUGAGGUUUUCAUUUUUAUUACCAGGCACUCCAGGAUGACGUGUAUGGUUUCUGAGGUGAACGUAUGUACAUAACUUUGUAUAUUGAACUGCAUGUGUGCUAUGCUACCAAUGACAAUGAAACCUUCAUGCAUUUUCGAGAGUCUGAGGGUGAGAAAGUUUUCCUUCGAUUCUUUUUUUGCACCCUAGAAGUCUUCCUUGUUUUACUUGGAGCUGAAGCAGUGUUGACGUGCAGCCCUCGCUUCCCAGCACAAUUGACUGUGUAUGUGUACUACAUUUCCAACAAGGUGGCUAUGAUUAGCCAUGGCUUGAACCCUCAAAACCAAACUAGCCCUUAUCUGUGGUUUAAACUCCAACAUCUUCAAACUGUGCUUGUCCAAUAUUUGUCACGGAGGACUGCUGUUUUAUUUAAUGUUUAAGGUUUUAUUCCCUAAAAUAUUCUAUAGACCAAGCUAUUGAAAGGUUUUUAAGGAGUGUUUGGUGCUUUAAUUUAAACAAUAUUCGCCAUAUUUCAACAUGCCCACUUUCAUGAGAUUCAUGUUUUUCUUAUUCAGAAAUUGCUUAGGGAAAUUGAUAGAGGAUGCCGAUUCAGAUUCAGAGACAACAUGCUUAAAACGAGGUACUAAAGACUAGUUUAUACUUCUGCAUCAAACCUACGGCGUAGCCUACGCAAAUAUAGCAAGAGCGCAUUCAUACUUUAGCAUGCACGUAUCUGCGUCACUCUGCAGUUUAAACCACAAAGGCGGGAACGUGUAGGCGGGAACGUGAGGCCCGGUGGACCAAUCACAGCUGUGGCUGUCUGUGCUGCACGAUGCAUAGUUACAUUUCCAGGGAGGAGCGCAGCGAGCUACGGCAUAGGCUAUAGGGUAAAAUCGACACAUAAUUAUAAAUUGCCUUUAACUAGAAAAAUGUCAGAUGCUAACAUGGACAUAUCAUAUUCGGAUCAUAGACGUUGCUAAUGAGGAGCCAGACACUGACUUAUUAAUUAUGAAUAGAAGUUCUUAUAAUGCUUAAAGCUCAGUGUCUGAAGUCCCACCCUUCAGCAAUAAGAGCCUAUCAGCUUGCUGGUGAUGUUGAGAGUGUGGAGAUCUGUGCAAGUGCAGUAGCCAUAUCAAGCAAAAAAAAAAAAAAAACAUUUUUUUU